GAUCGGGCCGCUCUUGCGCCUCCUCGACGGCCAAAGGCAAACCACCCUUGACGCGCCCAAGGGUUCACCCGGACCCGGAGCCGUCGGAUGGAUCGCCGUCGCCGCCGAGGAGCCAGAACACCCCCACCGGAAAGUUAGAAGAGAUCGCAGAGCCCACCACUGACUCGGGUUCCUCGAGAAAGCGGGGGCCGUUUCGACGAGCACCCAGCGCUCGGUCGCGCGUGGUCUGUCUGCCUAUAUAUUCGGGGAUGCGCAUGCAGCUCCUGCCUACAUCUGCUCAGCUCUCAGCGCUCACAAGGGGCUAAAGCUAACGCGGCUGAUCGUGUGCAACUAGCUAGUGCUCCUCUGCGUUCUCGUCGCUGAACGUCUGUUCUUGUUGACUCGCCGUCGCCGAUGGAGAGCUUGUGCGGGCAGCCGAGCCUCGAGCUCGGCGUCAAGGUCGUCAGGGUGGCCGGCCUGGACCUGGCGGAUCAUCGGCUGGAGGGCGGCGGCGCCCUCUUCGUGAGGUACUACGUCCCGGCGGGCGACGGGCGGCGGCGGCUGCGCGUGGACACGCGGGAAGUCCCCUGCGGCGGUGGGGACCCGUUCUGGGGAGAACUCGCGCGCUUCGAGCGCUGGGGUUACCUGCCGAGCGCCGCUGGCGCAGCCGCCACCGGGUCCACCACGCCCGCGGCGCCGGGAGGAGGGGGGAUCGCGUUCGAGCUGCGCUGGAGGCCGCGUCCGUCGUCCGGGCUGGCGGCGCUGCUGGGGGCCGGCGCGCGGAGGCGGCGGCCGUCGCGGGUGCUGGCGCGAGCGGAGCUCGCGUGGCCGGAGGACGCGGCGUCGCCGGAGAGGUGGCUCACGCUCUCGCCGGCGGCGGGCCGCGAGCUGGGCGGGCGCAAGGCGCCCAGGCUGCUGGUCGAGGUCAGCACCGUCCGCACCGCCGUCGCCGGUGGUGGAGGGAAGGGGGCGAGGAAACCCGGCGGCGCGAGCGGGUGCUGCAGCGCCGGCGAGCGCUGCGGCCAGUGCGGGUGGGUCGGGAGCGAGGAGGACAUGUUCCUCGCGGCAACGUUCAUCAGUCAGUAGCCGGCCUCGCGGCAACACUGUAAUUUGAGAGAGGUUGGAAAAGAUUUCCAAGGCGAGUGUAUCUACUCUUGACUGCAAAUUUUGAGGAUUCUUGACGAACUCAAGCAUGCAUGUGAAGUUUUAGGUCAUGGGUGGAUCCAAAUGCUAAUAAAUAAAAGUGUUAAACUUUAGCACUAGUUUA